AUGCCCACUCCUGUCGCACCCUGCACGGAUAAUUGGCGGUGCCUGACACCUGCUGCGCGCCAUGUUUCAGAUUGGCAAACUUGUGCUCUCCGCGACACUUUCUGUGCCAAGACGACACAUCCCCGACGACAAUCCGUGCGUUCGAUCACGCCAAGACUGAGCCUGCAUCUGGGGAAGAAGACAAAUGGGAAGAAAGACGAGAGAGACGACAGGAAAGAACAAAUCCUUCAUGACGGACAAACACCAGAAAUCAAGGCCAACGCUGUAUUUGAACAAACCAAAUCCAGAAACGACCCAACGGCCCAAACGAUAAGGAGAAAGAAAGACGGAGAUGGUCGAUCCCCCAACAAGCUGGAGGUUGGCUACCAUUCUUUGUCGGCUUCUUUUCUUCUUCGUUUCGUCAUUCCCGCUGGACUGGACGUGAUUUGA